CCGGAAGUUGUUUCAGCUGCCAUGUUUGGUUGCUUUGUUGUAGGCUUCUACAAGGUUUCCUACAGAAUUAGUAAGUGUGGAAAUGGAGCCGAGCUGGAGUACGUUUCUUUUUCAACAGGCCAAUGAAGCCCUCCACCACCAGCACCAUGUGGCCCAGAACAGCCUGCUGCCACUUCUUAAUGCAGGAGCUGAACAAAUUGACCAGAAGCCUAUCCUGCCCAUCCACAUAGACCAGAAGCCCCCUACCAGCGCUGCUGAUCUCCUCAAAGACAAUGUGGCCAGCGGAGGAGGUGCACGGCCACCAAUGCCUGUGAUAAAGAAGGAACACAAAGGUAAAACGCCGUUUGUCUGCGGCUACUGCAACAAGGCCUUCCGUGACAGCUACCACCUGCGACGUCAUGAGUCCAGCCACACCGGUAUUAAGAUGGUGUCACGGCCAAAGAAGGCUGCCCAGACAGCCCCCACCAUGGUACCCAUGAUCUCCACCAUGCAACGAGAGAACAACGGCAACCCUUCCUACAUCUCCACGGUGGCGGGCAUCCUCUCCACAGCAACCACCUCGGUUUCCUCAGGCGCGAGUAUCAUGACAUCAUCUGCAAUGGGAAAUAUGCCGCAGCAAAAUGUCGCCAAGAAACCCGCCAAACCUGUCAAGAAAAACCAUGGGUGUGAGAUGUGUGGCAAGGCCUUUCGUGAUGUCUACCACCUGAAUCGCCACAAGCUGUCCCAUUCAGACGAGAAGCCUUUUGAGUGCCCCAUCUGCCAGCAACGCUUUAAAAGGAAGGACCGGAUGACCUACCAUGUUCGCUCUCAUGACGGGGGAGUCCACAAGCCCUAUGUAUGUUCAGUGUGUGGGAAAGGCUUUUCCAGGCCAGACCACUUGAGCUGCCAUGUGAAGCAUGUGCAUUCCUCGGAAAGACCGUUUAAAUGUCAAGUAACGGCCUGUACCUCUGCUUUCGCCACCAAAGACAGACUCCGUUCCCACAUGAUCAGGCAUGAAGGCAAGGUCACCUGUAGCAUCUGUGGGAAGAUGCUCAGUGCAGCCUACAUCACCAGCCAUUUGAAGACUCACGGACAGACCAACUUCAACUCCUGUAACAAAGAGGGUAAUGGGGUCUGCAAUUCUUCCUCAGCUACACCUGUGACCAUUUCUGCCCCCAUCACCACGGCGAUGAACCGGGGCCACUCCAACAACCCUGUCACCAUAGCCGCACAAAUGAACAUUACCACCAACACAGUCAACAUCACAUCUCCAAUCAGCCUCCAGCACCCAGUCACCAUCACCGGGCCCGUCAACAUUGCUUCCGUCAACAUCCCUUCCUCGGUUCCCAUGAAUAUUGCCCACCCAGUCGCUAUAACGACCACCAUGCCUAUGAAUAUGGCUGGUCCGCUCAACAUCGCCAUGAGGUCAAUGGAUAGCAUGCCUUUUCUGUCCCAAGUCUUGCCUUCUUCCCAACACUGGUAAAAAGGAGAGACAGAGCAUUGGACUGGCCAGAAAGAAAGGGAAAAAUGAAGUGAAACAAGAGACUCCCGUCGUCAUCAUUUGCGCCUCAAGCCCAGCUCUUUCUCCCCCUGAACCAUGUUUACUUACCCUGAAGUGAAUAUUUACAUGAGCUGUGCGGGCGGUAGGAGCUCCCGAAGUCACAGCCGCGUCCCAACUAAUGUUAAGUGACUGACGUGAGAUGCAGAACACUUAAGUAGAAAUCGAUUAGGAUUUCUCUUGAAAUCAGGACAACCGUAAGACUUAGUGUAGUCAGUUAGAGUGAAACUGUGAUUUGUGUAAUGACAAAUGAGAGGAGUCCUCAAGCACCCUUGAGGACUCUGUAGGAAAACACACCUGUGCUUUUGUAAAAGGGAGAUGAGAAAUGGACUGAAGCAAUAACAAUAAAUUGCUGUUUUUGAUGUUUUACAAGUUCUCUCCCGAAGCCUCUGGGUGUUACUUUGUAUGUUUGUUUUUUUUUUAAUUAUUAUUAUAGCCUGCUAAUCACAAUGUAAUGUUAUAGGAAAUGAGUCUAGUAAAAGGGACAGUCUCUUCCAUUUGCAUGGAAGAAUAUUUUUUCACAGUGCUAUAGCUUUUCUUUUUCUCCUCAGAUAGUAGGUAUGCUCUUGAGGUACAGUGACUAACUUGUACAGUUGACAUAGUAAUGUAUUUUCAUGUCAGCAUUUAAAUUUUUGCAUUUGUCAAGUGGAUAUCUCAACGCUGUCCUUGACAAUUAAAUAUGUGUACUUUGUUUUCUGUUGGUAUGGGAACGCAAAGAUUUGUUUUUAUUUGUUAUUUGUAGUGUUCAUUUUUUUCCAUGAAGUCAGAAUGGAAUGAGUCUUGCACUGAAAGCAUAUCCUACAUACAGGUGAGCAACAGUAUUAUCAAAGAUCAAAUUGGAGUCUUAAGUGUUUUGGUUAGCCUACCUGCACUUGUGGGCCAUCUAGUGGCUGAGCAUGGAAUGGCUUGGCCUUGUAGUGAAGCUUUUUCAGGCUGUUACUGUCAUCAUAAUGGUGACUAAUUAGUUUUGUCUGACUCUUCUGUACACUGUUUUUUAUUUUUUAUUUUUUAUUUGUUAUAUUUAUCUGUGAUUUCCCCAAGAUGAUGCUAAGGACCCUUCACUCAGGAAACACACAUAGAAGCCCGUUACACAUGAAUCUGGUUCCUUUUUAAAUUGAAUCUAUCUAUACCAUGUAUCUUGAUUCUUGAUCUCUCCAUGUUCCUUUUAUGAUUUCCUAUAUCAUUCGGCAUUGUCACGUUCCAAGACUUGACUUCCAUCAGGGACAAGAACUCCAAGAAAUUUUGAUUUUAAAUUUAGCCGUCCAUUUAACUAUUCCUUUACUGUGCAAUGGCAUACUAUUUUUGACAUUUCCUUUGAAGUCAAGUUACGUCUCAGGCUGCAUAGUUAUGUGGCUGAGAUCUGAAUGAAUUUGAUAAAAUGCAAGUUUAUGUCCAUACAAAUAAUCGGGACAAGAUUGAUGUUGCAUGAACCCGAAUACUGUAGCUGUUGAACAUAUUUUUACUGAAUGCCAUGUUCUCUCGACAGUGUUGCAGCUCUGAGUUGAUUCAGUUUAUACUGAAAAAUGCAAUAUGCAUGUUUGUCAUUUUUCCCAAGUUUUGUUUUAAACAAAAUAUUAGUGUAGCUUUUUCUUUGUUCUUAUGCAUUUACGUAGAUACACUAUGAUAGCCUGUUUGCCAAAUUUGAUAAUAAUAAUAAUGUGAUAAACUGAACAUUUCUGGUGGAAUUGAACAUCUCUUUAUUUUUUAGGAAAAGAAAUAAUUGGAAAUUCCAGGACUCUUGUGAAAGCAGUUGAAUGUAUAUCUUUGUACAAAACUAUUUUAGUUCCAAGAAUAUGGUAGUUAGAAUAGAUGUGAAAGAUAAGAUAACCUUUUUUAUAAAUCUUUUGUAUUAGAACAUUAACAAUGGUAAUUUUGUAUAUAUGGCUAGCUUUCUGAUUAGCAGAAAGGUCAAACAUUCCUACAUUUUUUUUAAAUGUAUGUUUGUCAAAUUAUUACAUAAACAUGCGCAAUGUUAUGUGCCUUUUAUUUGGGUUGUCUAAAUAAAAGAAAACUAUCAAAUG